AUGUUCAUUAUGAAUUGUGCGCGUGAUUAUGCAUAUCGAUGUUACGCUCGUAGAAGGCGAAGGCACGAGCCGAUCUCGGCUGAUGGCAUCGAUCUUGGAAACGUCAUUUUCGUCGAUGAAUCAAGAGGGGAGCCAGAUCCUGACACUAAUGAGAAUGAAGUCGAAAUUUUGUGCACUUUCCCUCAAGAAAUAUAUCGCCUACCACAGUUCUUUUUCCGGCUUGUAGAUGACACAACCGCACCCCUGAGAAAGUUAUAUGAGGGAAUAUUUGCUUCUGUAGAGCAACAGAGUCGAGAUACAACAAUAGCACUUAUGAAUCUGAAGAGCUCAACUACCAAGCACUUGAUUAAAAGGGGCUUAGCCAGUCAGAAUGUACAGAUUGAAUGGAUCAAGAGCAACGGAAAAUAUAUUAUUAGGAGAACUGUCGAUCUCGCCUCGGGCGCCUUCAGGUUUCGGGAUCAUUUCGAGCCUAAAGAUGACAUCUGGAGCUUGGUUGUCAAGGAGAGAGACCGUCCUGCUCACGCUGAGACGCAUAUAUGCUGCGACACGAAACGGCACCUUGUCAUCGAGCGAAGUCGCAGUCUCAAAGCUGGAUUUAGUUGCAUAUCCUAUACUUGGUUCGUCGACGAAGGAACCAUGAUACAAACUGGGGAAGUUGUGACUGCAGAUGGGAAGGUGGCGAAGACGUACACGAAGACUAAGAGAGUUCGGCACCAGGGGGGAAUUGAAGGCAGUAGAUUCACAAAGACAGGGAUUUCCCGAACACCGCCAAUGCCGCUACAGCGGCAGCUUCGGCCAACUAAACGGCUGGCUUAA